CCUAUUUUACUUCAAAAGAAAAUCCUUAUUCUACUACUUUACUGAAUAAAAAUAAAAUAAUAAAAUAUGUCUUCUCAAGAUACUUUUACCGGAUACGCUGUUACCACCAAGGGUGGUAAGCUUGAACCUAUGGAGUUGAACCUGCGCUCUUGGAAUGAUGAUAUGAUUGAUAUGGAUGUUAUCUGCUGUGGUGUCUGUGGUACUGAUGUCCACACCAUUGAUGAAGGUUGGGGACCUACUGAAUUCCCUUGUGUUGCCGGUCAUGAAAUUAUUGGUACUGUCACUCGUGUCGGUAAGAAUGUCAGCCGUAUUAAGGUUGGAGAUCGUUGUGGUGUUGGUUGUCAAUCCGCUUCUUGCGGUGAGUGUGAUUACUGUAAGAAGGGUAUGGAGAACUUAUGUGCUGUUCAUGCUGUCUGGAGUUUCAAUGAUCGUUAUGAUGAUACCAAAGAAAAAGCCUAUGGUGGUUUCGCCAAGAAAUGGAGAGGUCCCGCCCAUUUCGCUGUCCACAUUCCCGAUGAAUUCUCUUCUGAGGUUGCUGCCUCUUUCCUCUGUGGUGGUGUCACUACUUAUGCUCCCUUAAAGCGUUACAAUGUCGGCCCCGGUUCCAAGGUGGCUGUAUUGGGUGUUGGUGGACUUGGCCAUUUUGCUUGUCAAUGGGCUAAAGCAAUGGGUGCUACCGUCAUUGGCUUUGAUGUGAUUCCCAAUAAGGUGGACGAUGCAAAGAAGCUUGGUUGUGAUGAUUACGUUCUUUUCCAAAAGGAGGAACAAGUUGAACCUCAUUACAACACUUUCACUCACAUUAUUGCUACCAAGAUUGUUAACAAGUGUUGGGACCAAUACUUAAAGUUACUCAAGAACAAUGGUGUCUUUAUCCAAUGUGAUAUCCCUGAAGUCCCACUCUCUGGUAUUUCUGGUUUUGUUAUGGCUGGUAAGCAAUUGACUAUUGCUGCUUCUUUCAUUGGUUCUCCCUCUGAUAUCCAAGAAUGUCUCGAUUUUGCUUCCAAGCAUGGUGUUCGUACUUGGGUGAAUACUUUCCCCAUGGAUCAAAUCAACGAAGCUAUUGAAUUUGUUCGUGAAGCCAAGCCUCGUUACAGAGCUGUCGUCAUGAACUAAUAACUUUCAUCUUUUUUUUUCUACCCUUACAAUUUUACAUUUUCAUUUUUUCCCCAUCUUAUCCUAAUAAACCCUUAACUCUUUUGUUGUCAUAAA